AUGAAAAGAAAUAAUAUUGAAUGCAUCGUUAAUAUACCGAAUCAGUAUGAAUUCCAGCAUUUAAAAAAAAAGAAGAAAUAUUACGAUCAAAUUUCUACUGUACCAUUUUGGGAUUUUUCUGAUAUAGUUAUAAUUUGCAAAUCAGAAAACAUGGAUAACAAGCAACGAUCAUCCAGUGAUUCCAGCGAAUUAGGAUCUCUGGGAGAUUCUCCAAUGGAAUUAUGUGCUGAUGUGAAUACCGUGAUGAAUAACAACGGUAAUGAAGAGGCUUAUUCGUGUCCCAUUUGUCGCACAGUCAAUUCUGAUAGUUUUUGUAGAACUAGUCACCUCGAGCACGUGGCCACUCAUAGGUCAAAAGCGAAAAGUAAAACGAAGACAUUCAGUUGCAGACAGUGCCAAUUUAUUGCGACAACAAAAUACGAAUAUUGGGAACACAGCCGAAAGCAUAUAAAACCGGAGAAGUUAUUAACAUGCACACAGUGUCCGUUCGUAACGGAAUUCAAACAUCAUCUGGAUUACCAUAUGACAAAUCAUAUGGGAGCUAAGCCAUUCAAAUGUGAUCAGUGUUCUUAUAGUUGCGUUAACAAUUCCAUGUUAAGAAGUCAUUUAAAAUCACAUUUAAAGAUUUAUCAAUAUAGGUGUGCUGAUUGCAACUUUGCAUCAAAAUAUCAUCACACGUUAAAAAUUCAUUUAAGAAAACAGAAUCAUCAGCCGGCUGUGAUACUGAAUGAAGACGGAACACCUGAUCCUAUUAAAAUUAUAGACGUUUAUGGUAGAUGCCGAGGAUCAAAGAAAAACUCUAAAACGGCGAAGCAACGAAAGAAAGUUGUUCAAAAGACAAGAGUUGAACAAACUAAUGCAAUACCGAGUAUGGUAGCUCAUACUCAAGACUCAUCUAUUAGUUCUCUCGUUGCUUCAGUUGAUUCGGCAAAUUCGAUUGGUCCUUCUACCAAUGGCUUAGUUAAUAACGUUAUCAACGAAGUGAACAUUCCCGAUGAGCUUCCGGUUAUGGUGAAUAAAACAACAACUUCACCUUCAUGUUCGAAUCAAUUACUGUCAGAUGGAGAAUCAAGAAAACAAUUAUCUCCAAUGGAUUUUAACACACGUGGAUCAUUUUUGUCUGAUGAAAACAGCAUCAUUAGCGAUCAACAGUCAGUUACCUCGAAAAAAGGAAACGGUAGCAGUCGACGAAAAGGUAAAGCAUACAAACUUAAUCGUGAACUCGAAAUUUCGAAUAGUGCAAGUGAAAAUGAAGAAAUAAAUAAGUCGAACUGCUACAGCGGGGUUUCUAUAAUAAAUGAAAACAACUAUCAUCCCAACUGUAAUGAUCGUUCUAAUGUUCCUUCGAAUAAUCUUUCGCAUGAAAAAGAUCAAUGCGACAAUAAUUCACUAGAUCAACCUAUAGAUUAUUCGAUGAAUGGUCCACGAAUCCAUAAUAAUCCAUCGACUUCGAUUGAUUCGAUUUUUAGUAUGGAUUCUGCAAAGUUCUUGUUAUGCAAAUAUUGUGAAAUAAUGUUUCUUCACGAAAUUAUGUUUAAAGUGCAUAUGAGUUACCACGGGACAGAAAAUCCAUACGUUUGCGUUAAAUGCGGACACAAUGCCAUCGAUAAAGUGUCCUUUUUCCUUCACAUAAGUACAUCUAGUCAUUAA